UCCAUACGAAGCGAGGUGCCUCCGAGCUCAUCUCUUCCUGGGUCCCCGAGGCUCCGGGCAGCACAGCGACAUGGCUGCGUUCCUGCGAGCUCGUAAAUAUGUUCGUUGCGUUGUCCGUUUUUCCGACCGUGACCUGUAGACGGUUCUGCUGAGCGCCUGAGAAGAUAUAAGAGCAGACCUGCUGGCCAAAGUGUCAUGGCUGACGAAAAUGCUGAUCUGGGAGGUACUUUAGAUGACGAUGAUGAGAGUUCAGAUGAUCCAAACCUUCAGCUGGAGCUCAAUGCAUUCAGAGCUCAGUGGAUGUCUGAGCUCAAACCGAGCUCUGGAGCAAGCGGAGCAAACCACCGACUGCUGCGAGCUAAAGGCUGGAAGAAGUCUCAAGAAAUCGCUCGAGAGGAAAAGGCUGCAGAGCUGUUUCUGAGAGCUGUUCAGGAGGAGCAGAAUGGAGCCGUCUAUGAGGCUAUUAAAUUCUAUCGCUUGGCUAUGCAACUUGUUCCUGACAUUGAGUUUAAAAUCAACUACAGCCGUCCUCCGGAUGCAGAGCGAGCUGCGGGGAAAUACAUCGAGGACAAUGACGCUGAUGGGGAGAUUGAAGAUUUGUUUGCCUACUUUGAGCAACAGCUGACUAUGGAGAGUCAGUUUCCAAAGAUUUGUACUCCUGAGAAUGAAACGACACCGCUGCACAUUUCAGCCUUGCCACGGGAAAUCCUGAUGUACAUAUUUCGUUGGGUUGUGUCGAGUGACCUGGACAUGCGAACUCUGGAACAACUGUCUUUGGUGUGCCGGGGGUUUUACAUUUGUGCAAGGGACCCUGAGAUCUGGCGUUCAGCUUGUAUACGAGUGUGGGGCCGCAACUGCACCAAACUUGGUCCCUACAAGUCUUGGAGGGAGAUGUUUCUGCAGAGACCCCGCGUCCGCUUCGAUGGUGUUUACAUCAGCAAGACCUCAUACAUUCGUCAAGGAGAGGAGUCCUUGGAUGGGUUCUACAGAGCUUGGCAUCACGUGGAGUACUACAGGUACCUCCGCUUCUUCCCUGAUGGUCAAGUGCUGAUGAUCACCACCCCUGAGGACCCUCUGUCUGUCGUUCCCCGCUUGCGCACCAGAAACACCAGAAUGGAUUCUGUUCUUGUGGGUCAUUUCCGGCUGUCGCAGGAAACGGACAAUCAAACCAAAGUUUUUGCUGUGGUCUGCAAGAAAAAGGAGGAGAAAGCAACCGAGUUUCAAAGAAAUCGGUUCUGCAGGCGCAACCCAGCGUCAGAGGCGGAGCACACUUUCCACGUGGGACUGCAUCUGUCCUCCAGGGGGCGUCAGAGUUUCAGCAAGCUCGUGUGGAUCCAUCAUUCUUGUCACAUCACUUACAAGUUGACUGGAGAAACGGUCAUCACUGCAUUCGACCUGGACAAGAUGUACAACCCCUUCUUCUUUGCACGCGUGAAGAGUUAUACUGCUGUUUCAGAGCAGCCUCUGUAAGCACCACCAAGUGCAAAUAUCCCACGUGAAACUCCCCCCCCCCCAUCAAGAAAAGUCCCUUCAAUUUCUGCUGUAGCAGAAUUGUGCUUUUGCUUUAAAGUCCUCUUUUCUACAUGCAGCCCUUUGUUUCAUUUCAGCUUUUGCUGUUAGAAUGCUGCUUAUGUCUGAUAAUCAGAGAGUUCAAUAAUUUGCUAAAACAAAUUAGCAGCCCCUCCCGCCCGUUCCAGCGAUGAAUGUUAAUCUGAGUUUUGUUUUCAUGGUGCACUUUCUUCCCUCAUUAAAAAGUGCUGACCAGGAGCUCUUCCUGUAUUCAGCCGCAUCAACACA